AUGGACCCCUUCACACCUCUCCCCCCAGAACUCAUCCAACAAAUCCUCUCCCACAUACCCGACUUCGUAGGCUUUGAAAGCCUCCUCUCAACUUCACCCUGGGUCCAAAAUGUCUUCCGGUCGCACCCUCGUCACAUAACCCUAAACCUCAUACGCACCAAUUCCAUGACCACGCCAGAAAUUCAAAACCUACUCUAUAACAUCGCUACGAUACACACACCCUCAAUCCACUGUGACGAUAUUGAUAUUUAUAUAAAGUUAUGCCCAACCACUUCUACUUCCACUUCCACUUCCACGACCACAGAGGCCAAGGAUUGGAGUCCUCUGAAUCCAUACCUGCCCGAUAAUAUGAGCACCUCGCAAAUCAUGCGCAUAAUUCACAUCGCGGCAAAUAUCCAGCGUCUGGCAUGUGCAUGUCUCAGCGAAAUGCAGACGAAUUUCAUCGCGGCGGUGGAAAUGUCUCGCGGGGUCGUGGCCGCUCAACGCGCCGCUGAACCAACUGUCUGGAUCGAGGAGGUUUCGGUAUACUGGGCUCUGUGGCAUUUACAGCAUUAUAGUGCCAUUCAGUACGCGGCUAAGUAUCGCUGGAACUGGUCGGAGGAAAGACGUAGCGAGUUGCGCGAUACGUAUAUGGAGAGGGGUGGGGAUAUUGGGCCUCAGAUGAGGGAGUUUAUAUUGGCUGUUGCCGGUGUUUUGGGGGAGAUGGGGUUGUUGUUGGAUGGAAAUGGAAAGCAGGGUCAUAGGGUUGAGGAGAAGGAUUUAUACCCCGGUGACGACCAAUUCGACCAGGUUGGAUGGAAUAUACCAGCCGAAGAGCCCAUUGCGAUGCCGUUCUUUGCAUCGCUGGAAGCGGAAAUCCCGACACGUCUACAAGUGUUUGAUUCCGAGCAGGGUGGUUAUGUCUACGACUUUCCGAUCUGGAGUCCCGCCGCCCUUCCAAACGACGAUUGUCCGGCUGAGAGAGUUUGGAAUCGAACUUCGUGUUGGAGGCUGAGGGGCCCGGUUUGCGGGACAAUGAUGCGCUCUUAUACUUGGCAGUUCAUGCGUAGGUGUCGUAUAGAUUGUCGGCAGGCCGGGCGGAAUCUCAAAUAUGCGCCGCCCUGGAGGCGGGUUGGGGUCGCGGUUUGGAGUAAAUGGCGCAUGUACUCUGUUGGGCUGUGUGCGUCUGGGCUUCGUGGUAUGGGGAUGAGUAUGGAGAUAAGGACGCCGGAUGGAGAUGUUCUUGGGAAAAAGGAGCUUCAAUAUAAUUUGGAGAUGAGAGAGGUUGUUGGUAGAUGGUUGGCGUUGAUUGAUAAGGCGCUGCCGGGUGUUUAG